AUGCCCAUCACUGAAGAAGCUUGCUCGGAUGGAUCCAAGGCACCGGAGUUCUCAGAAGUGGUUUCUGUGGAGCAUGAUGGCGACAGCGCAUCCACAUCGUCAGUGGUCGAUGAUGCUGUGCCCCAGAGCCCAUGCCUGUCUGGCUGCCUCUCCCUGAUCAGGGGCUCAUCGCUGGGUGCCAGCCAUAGGGGAGCCUUGAGCCACAGGAGAUGCUAUGCUGCAAAGCCCAUCGCGGGAGCCUCCCUCAAGCAUCUAGACCCCCUUGAGGACCCAUCCACCGCCUCCGAGGUGUGGGAGCCAGGCGACCCAGGGCAGUACUGUGUGCGGUCUCGGCAAUAUAUGAAGACAAAAGUGAAGGAUGUGUGUGACGGAAGCUUCUAUGAGCUGGCGGCUGCCGACCUCUUUUCCUUCGAUUCCAAGGAACACCACAUCGCCCGCCAAUUGCGCUUGCUGGCUGACCCUUACAAGAGGAGUGAUGACGAAAUGGCAUCCAUCUUGGAGUUUGGCAUCCCGUUGCUGCUCAUCAUCAACAUCCAGCUGCCCACAUACCCGGCAAGCCUGUUUGGAGGCACAGACGGGCCGGGGCACAGCUUGGUUUACCACUUCGUUCUGCGUGAGGGCUUCCAUCCCUUGACAGAAUGCAACACAGCUGCGGUGGGCCUGCUGCACCGUCUGGUGCACAACGGCCGUGAGGAGACUGGUGAUAUGGCACGCAGCCGCCUGAAACUCAUACCGCGGGUGGUCAACUUGGAGGAAUGGACAGCCAAUGCUCCACUAAGCAAGACGGAGGCCCACCUUGUGCACAACUACAAUAUGAAGCCCCUGCUGACCCGCCCCCAGCACUCCUUCCACCAUGGCCCUAGCUAUCUGGAGGUGGACCUGGAUGUGCAUGCCUAUGGCUACCUCGCACGCCGUGCCUUUGCCUCUUUUACACCCCGCCUGGCUGGGCUCGUUUUCGAGAAUGCCCUUCUCAUUCAGGGCAACAGUGAGGAAGAGCUGCCGGAGAUGCUGUUGGGGGUUGCCCGCCUGCACCGCAUCGACUUUACCAGGGCCAGGCCGUUCUCGGAGGCUGUGGCAGAGGCAGCCAGGGGGAGCGCUGGUGGCGAGGAAGACGGGACGGUGGACAGCAGGAGUUAG